CAUCCUGAAGCCCAAACUAGCCAAAACAGAUCAUAGAGUUAGCUCCGUGAUGCCUUUGGUUAGGCCGAGUUUUAGUUUCACCUAUAUCUACAACGACAACAGCUGUUAUCCCCAAAGAACCCACAACCAUAACCAAAUCUCCAAAUGUCACCACCAAAAUCACGCGCAAUCCUCGGUCUAAUGACCUUUGGCCCGGACCCCACCACCGGCGCCCGAAUAACCUCACUGGCCACCUUUGGGCAAAUCCUCGAUGCAUUUCAAGACCACGGCUACACCGAAAUCGACACAGCGCGAGUCUACAUGGCCGGGAACCAGGAAUCCUUCACAGCACAAGCAGGCUGGAAAGAGCGCGGCCUGACCGUUGCGACGAAGUGGUACCCGCUUGAGCCGGGGUUCCAUCAGCCCGCUAUUCUUCGGGAGAAGCUUGAGGAGUCCCUGCGUGAACUCGGAACGGAUCAGGUCGAUACGUUCUACCUGCAUGCUCCGGAUCGCGCUGUUCCGUUUGCGAACACGUUGGAGGAAGUGGAUCGGUUGUACAGGGAGGGGAAGUUCAAGAGACUGGGAUUGAGUAACUAUACGGCGUAUGAGGUUGCGGAGAUUGUUACGUUGUGUGCUGCGAGGGGGUGGGUAAGGCCGACGGUUUAUCAGGCGAUGUAUAACGCGAUCAGUAUGUCUAUCCUCCAUGUUCGAUAUACCGGUAUGCGGCUGAUGGACAUAGCUCGAUCUAUCGAAACGGAACUGAUCCCCGCCUGCCGUCGCUACGGGCUCGAUAUAGUCAUCUACAACCCAAUUGCUGCCGGGGUUCUAGCGGGCAAGUAUAAAUCCCCAGAAAUACCCGCAGAAGGCCGAUAUAGCGCUCAGAGCCCGACAGGGCAUACCUAUCGAGACCGAUACUUCAAGGACUCCACAUUCCGAGCCCUGGGGAUCAUCGAAUCCGCAGCGGCUAAGCAUCGAUUAACAAUGGCAGAGUGUGCCUUCAGGUGGAUUCGGCAUCAUUCGCAGCUCCGCAUGGGUGCUGACGGGAAUGACGGGGUUGUGAUUGGGAUCAGUAGUUUAUCUCAGCUGGAGAGCAAUCUGGAGGACUUUGAGAAGGGGCCGUUGCCGGAGGAGGUUGUUAGGGCUCUUGAGGAGGCGUGGACGCUCACGAAGGCGGAUUCGGUUGUUUAUUGGCAUGGAAGGCUUGAGUAUGCUUAUGAUGUUCAGAAGGCGCUGUUUGGUAGUUCGUAGAUUCGGUGUGACAUUUCUCGGCGCCUAUGUGGCAGAAUUCUUCAGUUCGGUUUGCAAUCCUUGUCAUCGAGUAUACCUAGCCAAAAUUGCAUCAAUUGAUCGCAGUCCUUGUUGGAGAAACCGAGCUGGCUCGAAUUAGGGCUUGGCCCACUUCCCUAGCUUGGUAAUGACCCCCACUCUCGCCUGGACGCAUCGGGAACCUUUCGAACGUCUUCCGGCAGAGAUUAUAAUCCAGAUUCUGCACUAUUUUGACGACAUAGUUCGUCAAGAUGAUCUCGGCUCAUUCUUCCCCCGCAUCGACAGCGUCGUCCGCUCUAACUCGUGCUUCCUCUUCCGAGAACUGAUAUCCGGUCCCAAGAUCACACUAGAUCACACGAGAGAUCAGAAAGCUCAUCUAUGGAAUAGCGAGCAUCCACGAUUCGUCAAUCAAGUGUCGAAAUCUCGAUGAGUAUUUCGAUGAGUAUUUUGAGUUCAUUUCUGGUGACGCAGUUUGCCGUCGCCCUCGAAUAAGCGAUGCGAUCGCAUUGAAAAUGAUUGACGUAGCGCCAGACGCGCCAGAUACAAUCCAAGUCAAGAUCAUCCUGCUUGGGUUGAGGAGGCUGAAGUCUACCGCACUUUAUGGCACCUCCACCACUACUCCGACCGCAAAGUCACAAAGAGCGCACCCAUAAGCCUUCCAAGAUCCGGGCCCGCACCGAGGGGUGGAGAAACCUGGAGCUGGCCACAAGGGUCACUGGAUGGUUUAAGCAGUACAAGAAUCUGGCUUCCAGUACCAAGGAUUUCCUUCCCAGUCAGGCGGUGAUUGGUCGUGUCAGCUGUGCCUUGGAGGAAUUCUGGAUUCAUAGGCGACUGCUCGAAGAGAUAAAGAGGUACGGUUUUGCGGAUGAUUUUGAGUCUGAGGACUGCCAUUCUUGGCGAGCUUUGAGCCGUCGCCGCAACUGAUCGCUGGCCCGAUGUUGUUUUCUGGUGGUGGGGAUGAAAGACGCGAUUGGGUCAGUGGGCUUGUUUCGAGGUAUCGGUCAAUCCAUCAUCUUGUCGUUUCCUCUCGGAUAUGCAGUAGCUUUUUUAUAAUACAGUUAGUUGUGGCUCGAGCACAAGCUCCCGAUGGAAUGGGGUAACACCUUGGUAGGAGUAGCG